CGUGCGGGUUGGUAUCGGCUCUGAUGUGACGUGUUUGCGCUGGUUUGGUGAGGCGCGAUGCUAAAACUACAAUAGAGACUUCGUCGUUAUAGUUGUGUUGUGUAUCGUUAUAGUUGUGUUGCGUUUCGUUAUAGUGGUAUUGUCCCUUUGCCCCUGCCUCGAAGCAGCUGCUGUAGUUGUGCGUCUUAGAACCGAGUCACUGACUAAUACCGACAUGAUGAUCACCAAACACAAGUGGGACAUGGUUGCAGAUAUAUUUUUUAGCCAAAGGCAUAAUUUAUGUGAUGAUGCGAGGAUCCAUUGCCUGUGUUCCAGAGCCUUUGUGCAAGACUUUGAGUUCUACCGGUCCAACAAGAGAUGCCUCACCUCUGACCUCGCCGACAGGGGGGCCAAAGAUGAAGAUGAAUUUGACAUAGAAGAAGAGGUGAUGGAGGCAGAGGAGGGGACAGAGGACAAAGAGCUGUUGGAUGAAGAAGCACAACUGAUGGCCAGUAUGGGCCUGCCGGUUGCCUUUGUCAGUUCCUCUGCCAGGAGGAGAGCUAGGGGAAAGUCAAAUAGGAGCACUGCCAGAUCUCAGGCACUACUACCUCAUGAGGAGGGGGAUGAAGAUACCAUUGUUGAGAACCAAGUUGAGAACCAGAAAGUUUCUGAUCCUGUGGAAGAAAAAAAUGGCGACAAAGAAGAGAAACAGAGCACCAAAGAGAGCUGGACUACCUAUUGGGCUCAACAGGGCAAAAGUCUGCUAUGGAGCAGCUGGCUGGAGAAAUAUCCAGAGUUUCAGUCAUUAUCCCCCAGCAACCCAGAAAUGGUGACUCUUCCAUGGGAUAAUCUUGAAUUUUGUGCUUUAUGGGAACAACAUUCUCUGGAGACCUACUACUACUAUUGGGAGCAGUUUGCAUACUGGACAAGCCAGGGGUGGACAAUUGACUACUCUAGCUGUAUUGGAAGUGCGGAGGGAGAGGAAACUAGAGAAGGAAUGGAGGGACUGAUUGGUGUGAAUCAAGAAGAAUUAGGGGAUGGAGAUAAUAAAGUUGAAAGCAUUGAACAGAAGGAGAUAGAAGGGCUUAAAUCAUCUCAUUUCAUUGGUGGUAGUACUGCUAUUUUAACUGGACAGAACCACUUGUUAGAGGCAGAUGCAAGCAAUGUGGUUGAUCUCAUUGGUCAGAUAAGCCUUCACAUGGAGGAAGCAGGUCAACAUUGUGUCAUGAAGGAGCAAAAGGAUGAUGCCUUGGGGACUGACAAUCCUGAACCUUGUGAUGGUGGCAACGAUCGGAAGAGAGCAGCUUCUUCCUCAAGAAGUGGCACCACAGAAAAUAAAGAUUCUCAGCAGACCAGUGGUUGCCCUUGCAGUGAGGAUGGUUCUGUUGUUAAAAGAAUUUCUAGUCAUGAAGACGAUGAUGAAGGGGAAACCCCAGGAGAAAGACAAGCUAAAGUGAAAAGAAGCCAUGAGCUAGAUGUGGAGGAGAAUCCUUGUUUGUUGACAAAGAAGGCUUGGGAUAAACUGGGACUCAAACGGAACCAGAACCCUAUGUUUGACAGUGUACUAAGGUUUAAACCAAGUUCCAGCAAAAUGCGUCAUCCACAGACCCAAGCAAAGAGAGUGGGGCGUGACAAGCAGCAGUUUGUGGCAGAAUGUGCAACCAACAAUACCAGCAAACGCAUGGUCACUGAGCAGGAUGGAAACUCACAGGCACAGAUUAGCACCACCCUCCAGAAGGUGCAGAACUUUCUCCAGAUAAUUCAGAAAGAGACAAAGAUGCACACAACCACAUGCGGCCUCACCCACAUGCCGGGAGCAGUAUUACCUCCAUGUGAGGAAGACAUGGCAGAAGACGAGGAGAUGGCGAGUAGGAAGCAGAAGAAGGAUGAAGAGAGUUGUAAGAAGGAAAUGAACAGCAGUGUGGAUGGAAGUGAAUUGGUUCCAGGGGAAGGGUAUCCUUGUCCUCACUCCAAUAAAGACUCAGACUGUCAAAGUUGCAUCAAACCAAAUGUGUUCUCUAGACUUUCUACUAGUACUCACAACAGUGACCAAAAAAUAAAGCAGCCCAGCAGACAGUUAGAAGACUUGGAUGUCCCUGACUUUCUCCUGCCUGACCAAACUGAAUGCAGCACUGGUGCAGGAGAGAUAAAUAUGAAGGGUUUGAAGAAGCAAAAGAAGAAAAAGAAAAGGAGGAUGUGGAAACAGAGCUCAUGUGAGGACAUGCCAGUGGAGAUGGCAGCAGUGCCAGAGCUGGCCAAGUACUGGGCCCAGCGCUACCGACUCUUCUCUCGCUUUGAUGAAGGCAUCAAACUGGAUCGUGAGGGCUGGUUUUCCGUGACGCCAGAGAGGAUUGCGGAGCACAUUGCCCAGAGGAUCAAGGAUAGUUUUCUGGACUCACACCUAGUCAUAGAUGCUUUCUGUGGUGUUGGGGGUAACGCCAUCCAGUUUGCCCUCACUGGCAAGAGAGUAUUAGCCAUUGACAUAGACCCAGUGAGGCUGGACUUGGCAUGUCACAAUGCAACAGUUUACGGUGUCGCAGACCGAAUCGACUUCCUGCAGGGGGACUUCCUGCAGCUGGCGCCACACCUCCAUGCUGAUGUGGUUUUCCUGUCGCCGCCCUGGGGUGGGCCAGACUACCUUAGUGCCGAGGUGUUUGAUAUCAGGACCAUGAUAGAGCCUGAUGGUUUCAAGAUAUUCCAGUUGUCCAAGUUGAUAUCAGAUAACAUCGUGUACUUCCUACCUCGGAAUGCUGACAUGGACCAGAUAGCCUCUCUGGCUGGGCCAGGUGGGCAGGUUGAAGUGGAGCAGAACUUCUUGAACAACAAGCUCAAGACCAUAACUGCUUAUUUUGGCAACUUGAUCAAGUCUGACUGCUCCUGGAACCCUUCAGUUUCUGUUCCAGCUCUGAGUACAUGAAGGUCUUUUGCUCAGUGAGGAAGAGCUCAGAGAGGAAACAAAAAUCUGCUUCCUUUGACAAUCUCAUAGGCCAACCUUAAGUGAAGCUACUGGGAUGGUUAGUUGCAGAUCACUUUCAGUUUAUAUCAUUCAGCGUUUUGUCCCCAAAUCAAAUACACAAAACUUUGUCAUAUUUCAGCAACUGGGAAAUAAUCAAGAAUGAAAGUACAACUGUCAUUUUUCUUCACAUAAGGUGAAAGGAUAUCCUGCCACUUCAGUCAAUUCAUCUGUCAGUAAAAUGGUAGUGAGCAGGAAUUGUGUAAUUCAGAAAUUAUUAAUUUGCUAUUUUAUUGUACUUUGUAUUUUCAUUUCAGUGUUUAAUCUGUUAUUGAAAAUAUGGCAAAUUAAAUGUUG